CCUCCCCGCCCCGUGAAGCGCAGGCAGGAGGCGGCAGCCGAGCCCUGGCUCGGCCUCUUCCGCUGGCUCUCGGCUGCAGCAGGGGAAGGACGCCGCCGCCGCCGCCCGGGCCGAGUGACUCAUCUGUCAAUGCAAAGAGCCUCAGACUGUUCCGGGCAGCCAACCAAGAUGGACGUAAGCAAACUUGAAGAGCAAUAUGACUGUCUCAAACAGAAGCAAAAGCUGCAGACACACAUUAUUGUUUUUAAAACAGGUGUGAAUGAAACAUUUUCCCGAGAAUCCAUGAUCAGCACUGUUUUAAUUAACAAGAAAAUGAGAAAAGCAAAAGCAUUUGAGGAAUGUGUUCCUGUCAAAGAAGUCAGCCUAGAGUUGCCCUGCAGUGGAAAUACACAAGAGAUUUCACCAUGGCGGAUACAUCUAGGGAUCCACCGACUUGCACAAGGAGAUUGCCAGAAAGGUGAUGUGAUCCAAAACAAGAAUGAAGAGGUUAGCAUGGACAGCAGAAUAUUGUCUCAGAAGGAAAGCACGAUGUCAAGUGAAGAACUAUUGGAAAGAAGUGAACAGUCUAUUGCAUUACUCAGCAAACAGGAAAAUGCCAGCUAUCCUGAAAAUACAGACCGUUCUGCUUCACCUUCGGCAUCCAUUGCUUCACCAGUUUGGAUCCACUCACAAAUUUCAACCUCAAAAUUGGUGUCAGCAUCCAGUAAGCUGCCCUAUUACCCUUUUCCUCAGAAAAAAGCUCCCAAGAUUUCUGAAGCUGCAAGAAGACUUGGACUGUAUGUUUCCCACUAGGAAUAUUCAGAAAGGAAGGUUCACACAGCCAGAUUUCCCUCUGUGUAAACAACUACAUGUUCCUUCUGAACACAUGUAUAUUUGUGUUUGCAUAGGGCAUCAUGGAACUAUUCCAGUACCCAUGACCAAGGAAAUCGUUGUGUGUGCAUUCAUGUAUAAUUUAGUUUACACAGAUAUCUCCCCAGUAGAUACAUGUAUGAUUGAGGAAAGGCCACCAGAAUUUCUCAUGUGUAGAGGAACUGUCCAUGCUAGUUUCAGAUUUCAACAGAAAAAAAUGUACUUGCUGCCCCGCUCUUCCCACACCUGGUAUGUAAUGUCUGGUGAAAGAGAGUGGCGAAGCUAUGUUUACGUUGCUGAGGUUUUUCUAACUCAGCUCAGUGUCCUUAUUUUGGAAAGAGGGACUUUCCAGAAUAGUUACUCAUCCUGUAACUAAAGCCCCUUUUUUCAGAGAGGCCUACCAGACCUUGCUGAUCCAGAGAUGUGUGGUGUAUUCUUCUACCGGAUUUUCCUUCUUAGGUUGGAAAUUCUACUCCCCGGUCAAUCACGCAUACUGCCUAUCAGGUUCUUCUGGCUCUGAAACAGGAGAAACUAACUGUGAACUUUCUCUUACCUGUUGCAACAUAACUGUGAUUUACUUGCUAAAAGUGACUCCUGAAACCUGCUUUGGACUGUUGUAUCCAGACUAAUUUAGAAAUGUGUUUUGAAGGCAGGGGGGGAUGUUUUCGACCCAGUAGCAUUCAUAAUUUCCCAUGUUUUCCAAUGCAGUAAAGAAAAUAUCUUUAUUAUUAUCUAGAUGGAUGCUACUGGAAACAGAAUGGUAGAGUAGCUGCAGCUUUGGUCUAAUUCAAUUAGGCAGUUCUUAUUAAUCUGGACUAUAUAAACAAAUCCAAAAUGAUUUUCUAGGUGUCUUCUUGAUGUUACCCAAGUAUAAAUACAAUUAUUAAAUGCAGUUUUCUAUGUGGUGGUGCUACAGUAAUCUUUUUUCAGCCAACAACAGAUUUUUCAGAACUGGAAUUCAAUUACCAGCCUGUUUGAAAGCAAUGAAAAUUCCUAUCACAAAGCUGAGUAUUUCCAAAAUAUAUUGGUGGUAUCUGAACUGAGCUAAACCUAAUGUUGAUCUGCAAAUAAUUUUUUCACUCCUAUUCAUACUUACCUAGGAGUAGCCUAGGUAAGUAUGGAAUUUCAAUGGAACUUCUUUCUGAAUAGAGAUGUAGAGAGUUAUACUGCUAAUUAAUUUGAAACUGGCAAUAUGUGAUGCCGGUUUUGACAAUAUUAACCAGGGUGCCUAAUAUACCGCUUUGGUGAUACUUUUACUGAAAUAAAUUAUUUUCCUUAGGUACUUGUCAAAAUCAGUAAGUGAAACCUUCAGAUAACCAUCCUUUUCUAUCAUUCCUGGGGUUCAAUAUAAUAAAUAUCUAAAUUUGUUCCCUACUUCCUUUUUAAGCAUAAUUUUCUCAGAAGCAGGUCGAAAGCUCAUUUUCUUUUUCAUAUCAGUUAAAUAAAUGUCCAUGUAACACAUUUUGCAAUGAGUAUAGAAUCAUUUUUUAAUUCAUGGAAAUGUUACUGUUUUGUGAAAUAGACAGAAAUACAUUACAUCCAGACCACA